GAAGAAGGUGUCGAUGACAGGCAAGCAGUAGCUUACCUGUCUUGUUCUUUUGGGCAGCUGGCACACACCGCAGCAGUCGAUCUGAGAAUGGUUUGAUUUACACUUCUUCACUCGUUAGAUACCUGAUUCAUUAUUAUACGUCCGAUAAAUAUCGCUAUCUAAGUAUCGCUUGCAAGCAUCCGGUGGACAACUUCGCUAGCUAUUCUGCGUACAUCAAUGGUGGCUAGCUAACAGCGGCAGUCUGUUUGGUCGUAGUCAUCAAAGCACACCGUAGAAUUAACUGUUAAAGUUAAUCUAAACGGUGUCUGAGGCACAGCAGAGCCUCUCAUCUUCAAGCCUUCGGAUGUCUAGCCAUGUGUGUGGCCGCAUCCUUCUGCGAGCUGCAAGCAGCACCCCCAGCCCCCUCUCUCCACAGUGGCCCAGUCUGACCCAGCGAGCCUGCCUGUCUUCCUGGGGCUGCUCUGUGUCUGGUGCUAGGUGUAGGUCUGGGGCCACCAUGCGCUUCCUCUCCACCCGUCAGGACCUGGACUUUCAGCUGAGCCGUGUCCAGAUCAGCAGCAUCCUGCGAGCCAACGAGCAGGCAGUGAGCAUCCCUGAGUUUGAUGGCCGGGGUCUCAGUGCUGUGAGGAAGUUUGAAAGCAACCAGCUGGCAGCUAACACCCCCAACGAGGACCGCCGCAGCGCAGCCACCUGCCUACAAACUAAGGGCACGCUGUUCGGGGUAUUUGAUGGUCAUGGUGGCUGGGCGUGUGCCCAGGCGGUCAGUGAGCGUCUGCUGUACUAUGUGGCGGUGGCCAUGAUGUCCCAGAGAGGACUUGAGGAGCUGGAACACUGCAUGGAGCAGAGCAGGCCUGUCCCUCCCAUCCUACAGUGGUACAAAAACCACGGAGACUACAACUACAGAGAGUCAGCCUCGCUCUACGUAGAACACCUCCGGGUCUUCUGGCAGGAGCUUCUGGACAGCGAGGAGCACGGCGACGGAAUGAGUCCGUCUGAUGCUCUGUAUUAUGCCUUUAAGCGUCUGGACACAGACAUCUCUCUGGAGGCCCAGGUCCCACACUCUAGCGACCUGAUAAGGAGUACUGCCAUACAGGUGGCGUUUGCUGGCUCCACAGCCUGUGUUGCCCACGUGGGCACUGAGGGGAUCCAUGUGGCGAAUGCAGGUGACUGCCGUGCAGUGCUGGGGGUGCAGGAGGAGGACGGGUCGUGGAGCGCCUUACCCCUGUCCCAGGACCACAACGCACAAAACGAGGCUGAGCUGGAGAGGCUCCGAGCCCAGCACCCCCCCUCGGAGAGGGACACUGUGAUCACUGACAACAGGCUGCUGGGGAUCCUGAUGCCUCUGCGUUCGUUUGGAGACGUAAGGUUCAAGUGGAGCCUUGAGCUGCAGCAGAGUGUUCUCGAAAGCCUGGAGUCUGGAAUAGAACUGGACUUCCUUAACCUCUACCAGUACACGCCGCCCAACUACUUGAGCCCGCCCUACCUGGACGUGGCGCCGCAGCUGACCUAUCACAGCCUCCGACCGCAGGACCGCUUCCUGAUCCUGGGCUCUGACGGGCUGUGGGACGAGAUGAGCUCUGAGGAGGCGGUUCGGCUGGUGGGCGAACACCUGAGUGGGAUUCAUCUACAGGCUCCAGUCUCCCCCACUGAGAGACAGUUGAACCUGGGCCAGAUGCAAGAGCUGCUGUGGAAACGCCGUGCCCUUGCCAUGCCCACCCUGGACCCCAAUGCUGCCACACACCUCAUCAGACAUGCCCUGGGCACCGGGCAGUAUGGAGAGCUCUGCCAGGAGAAACUGGCAUCUAUGUUGGCUCUGCCUGAGGACCUAGCACGCAUGUACAGAGAUGAUAUCACAGCUACUGUGGUUUAUCUGAACUCUGAUCUGGUCAGACAACACAGGUAAUGCAGAUGGGGACACACACGAACAUAUACUUCAACUCAUGCCUGGUCACAUAACACACACACAUUUCUUGACAGUUGUUUACUUUACCCUACGGUGAAAACAUUUGUUGCGUACCUAGGCCUAAGGCUCAAAUACUGCUCGCAGAGAACUGAGUGGCAUUGUAUUAGUGUUUUUCAGAUGGUUAAAUAAACUCAGCAAAAAAAAAUACGUCUUCACUGUCAACUGCGUUUAUUUUCAGCAAAGUUAACGUGUAAAUAUUUGUAUGAACAUAACAAGAUUCAACAACUGAGACAUAAACUGAACAAGUGACUAACAGAAAUGGAAUAAUGGGUCACUGAACAAAGGGGGGUCAAAAGUAACAGUCAGUAUCUGGUGUGGCCACCAGCUGCAUUAAGUACUGCAGUGCAUCUCCUCCUCAUGGACUGCACCAGAUUUGCCAGUUCUUGCUGUGAGAUGUUAUCUCGCUCUUCCACCUUGGCACCUGCAAGUUCCCUGGACAUUUCUGGGGGGAAUGGCCCUAGCCCUCACCCUCUGAUCCAACAGGUCCCAGACGUGCUCAGUGGGAUUUAGAUCCGGGCUCUUCGCUGGCCGUGGCAGAACACUGACAUUCCUGUCUUGCAGGAAAUCACUCACAGAACGAGCAGUAUGGCUGGUGGCGUUGUCAUGCUGGAGGAUCAUGUCAGGAUGAGCCUGCAGGAAGUGUACCACGAUGGAGGAGGAUGUCUUCCCUGUAACGCACAGUGUUGAGAUUGCUUACAAGCUCUGUCCGAUGAUGCUGUGACACACCACCCCAGACCAUGAUGGACCCUCGAUCUCGCUCCAGAGUACAGGCCUCGGUGUAAAGCUCAUUCCUUCGACAAUAAACGCGAAUCCGACCAUCACCCCUGGUGAGACAUAACCGCGACUCGUCAGUGAAGAGCACUAUUUGCCAGUCCUGUCUGGUCCAGUGACGGUGGGUUUGUACUCAUAGGUGACGUUGUUGCCGGUGAUGUCUGGUGAGGACCUGCCUUACAACAGGCCUACAAGCCCUAAGUCCAGCCUCUCUCAGCCUAUUGCGGACAGUCUGAGCACUGAUGGAGGGAUUGUGCGUUUCUGGUGUAACUCAGUUGUUGUUGCCAUCCUGUACCUGUCCCGCAGGUGUGAUGUUCAGAUGUACCGAUCCUGUGCAGGUGUUGUUACACGUAGUCUGCCACUGUGAGGACGAUCAGCUGUUUGUCCUGUCUCCCUGUAGCGCUGUCUUGGGCAUCUCACUGUACGGACAUUGCAAUUUAUUGCCCUAGCCACAUCUGCAGUCCUCGUGCCGCCUUGCAGCAUGUCUAAGGCACGUUCACACAGGUGAGCAGGGACCCUGGGCAUCUUUCUUUUGGUGAUUUUCAGAGUCAGUAGAACGGCCUCUUUAGUGUCCUAAGUUUUCAUAACUGUGACCCUAAUUGCCUACCGUCUGUUAGUGUCUUAACGACCGUUCCACAGGUGGGAAACUGUGUUUUUAACCCUUUACAGUGGUCCGUGAAGUAAAUUUGGAUUUUUAAGAAUUCUUUGGAAGACGUGGUCCUCAAAAAGGGACGUUUCUUUUUUUGCUGAGUAUACAUGAAGUUCUUUUUAGCUUGACUCCUACAUUUAGGUGAAUAACCAUGAUGUUUUAUGUGUGUAUGUAUGCUGAUAAAACUGUAAUUAUUUACUGCAUAGUCAUCAUAGUCCCAAAGCACAAUCGGAGCUAAGUGUUUCACAAGACUUGACUGGGUACCACGUCAUACUUGGCCAUAGUUUUAAAUAAAUCCUAUUUUCUUAUGAACUCUCUGGUGCACUUCCCCACUUUUUACUGAGUCUGAUAAAAUCUUAACUAUAUUUUCAGAACUAUGUUUUGUAUUUGUUACCUGGUGUUAGUUUGGUAAACCUGCUAUGUGUCAUAUUUUGACUAUUUGCUGACAAUCGACAGUCCACAAACUGAAUGUUUCAUUGUUAUUGGCAUAUGCAAAUUGUACUCGUAAUGCCAAGUUAAGAGUAGUCCGAUCAGGGGAUGAAAUUAAAUUGUUCAUUUUUUGCUGUAAUUGUUUUUUUCAAAUCACGAUUUCAACUUUAAUUCACUUCCUGAAUGAAAAUAUGUUAAUGUUAACCAAAACCCUUAAACUCUGUUAGUUCUUUGCCUGCCUGUGUUAGGUUUGAGUUUUCUCCAUCUACUGUAAUGUGUCUGCAAGUUACUCGUCCUCUGCUCUCUCAAAUCCUGUUUUCCUCUUAGUAUUUUUAAAAAUGUAUUAUGCUCGCCUCUCCCACAGGGAUUCUUUAGUGCAAUUAACACUGGAUCAGAGGCUGGACGAAGUGUACUUUUUAGUCAGUCACAUGUCAGUAUUUUAGGUCACAAUGUACCAUCUUCUGUUUCAAUAAAGGACCUUUUGGUUAAAUUAA